AAAGCAUGGUGGCGGUGAAUGUCCCACCGGAUAAAUUGUAAUCGUGGUUAUUUUAACAUAAAUUACCUUUGUUGAAUUAUUUGUAAAUUUCAGUGUUUAUUACUACGAAAAAAUGGCUUCAUCACAUGCUUUCAAUCAACCUCUGCACCGUGGGCUGUUGAGCUGUAAUAUUCCACAGUUGCAGCUAAUGGCAGAUAGAUUUUCUCUCGAUAUGCAGUUUCUGGUGAAGACAAUGUACCUCCUGAGUGAUUACUUGAGGCAGGGGCGCAACAUUACACCUCUGCAAGGAGCUAUCAUGAUAGGAAACUUCCGCAUAUGCAAGCGGCUCAUUGCUGAAGGAGCUGAUUUCUUCUCAUACUCCUACGAUCUAUUGACUCCAUUAAAUAUGGCCCUCGAUGUUGGGAAGUUCCAAAUAGCUAAACUGCUCAUCACCUCAGGAGCUGACGUUUGUGUUCUCCAGAACGGAUAUUUUCCAAUGUAUUUUGCCAUAAAGUCUGAUUCACCAGAGUACAUAAUUGAAAUGAUCAUACGCAGAGGUUUCCCUGUGAACGGCGUUGUUGAGAACAUGUACAACUCUACAGCUCUUCAUAGAGCAGUGUUGUGCAACAAUGUUGAUGUCACUAAUCUCCUCUUGAGGUAUGAAGCUGAUUGCAAUGUGAUUGAUAACUUCGAAGGUUACACUCCCAUACACAUAGCUGUGAAGCAGAAGCAGCCAGAGAUUGUCAAGCUGUUAGCCGAACAUGGAGCCAACUUAGAGGUAGAGUGUGGAAAAGGAUUCACGCCUAUUUUUUAUGCUGCUGCCAACAAUGAUGUGAAUUGUUUGAAUAUUCUUUUAGAGUUUGGUGCAGAACCAAAUCAUUUGUCUACUGUCCAUUAUAUUUACCCGCUACAUCAUGCUGCAUCUCUGUGCAGUGUGGAAGCCACUGAUAUGUUACUCAAAAGAGGAGCAGAUGUCCAAUUGAGUACUCCAAUCACUAGAGAUCUCCCGAUCCAUAGUGCUGUCAUGUCAGAAAAAAGCAAGAUAUCAGAAGUUUUUGCUCAGGAUUUAGCCAAUGUCGUCAAACUCCUAAUUGAGAAUGGAUCGCAGAUCGAUGUUCCCAACAAUUAUAACCAGACUCCGAUGGAAUUGGGUAUAAUCGGACAAACCUUUGAAGCUGUACAAGUGCUUGUAAAAGAGGGAGCUGCAGUCAAUAAACCAUUGGAUUGUGGGACAUAUUUCCACUUUGUUGCUAGCAAAGGAAACAAAGAAGUUGUAACAACGUUUUUGGAACACGGAGCUGACUAUUCUUUCUUUGAUGUCAACAAAAUUACUCCGUACCACACUGCUGCAUUCAAUCCAGAUCUGACCGUCCUGUCUGUGUUUUGGAAAUUUCACUGCCCUGUAGACCUCCCCCUUCUCGGUGAAAAUUCCAAAAAACCCCUGUUCUCUCCUGCUGCCAUUGAUCUUCUGGAAAACCAAAAAAUGUUCUUGUCCGGUGUAAAGUCGAAUGACGUUAAUGUUAUGAUGGAUGCCCUCUCUAAAGGUGCUGAAGCCAGAGGUUGCAGUAUGAAAUUGUCUCAUCCUCUUCAUGUUGCUGCUAGCAAAGGCUAUACCCAAGUUGUAAAACUGUUGCUGGAAAAUGGCGUCGCACCAAGCUCCGUGAACAGCAAUAAUGAAACUCCGCUACAUGUUGCGGCAAAAGCAGGUCACUAUGAUGUUUGCCGUCUCUUGUUGAAGCAUGGAGCCGUCUACAACUCUAGGUCUAAAGUGAAGAAAACUCCUUUAGAACUCGCUACAGAGAAUAAUCAUGAGGAGGUUGCACACCUCUUGACUGGAGUUGAUAUGAUCUUCAAAAUCGGAAAGGAAAAAAAGGUUUCUCGUAAAAUUAAAGAGUUAUCCUUUCUCGUCAAUGAUGAUCUGUAUUUUGUUUAUGUAAACUCUAUGAACAGUAGAGGCGAAACUCUAUUGAAAGUGGCAAUUAAGAAGCAGUUUACUAAACUGACAGAUAGGUUAAUGAAGUUAAGAGUAACAAGGAAGGAUGUAUAGUGUUGAAGUUGUGGUGUGUGAGGGAAAUGUCCCAAGUUUGUUCAAAAGUUAAAGUUGGUGAGGUAAAUAUUUCACAGAGUAUGGGAGUAAAUGGUGAUUGUAAAGUAUUGUUGCUUUAAAUUGGUCAUCAUACAGUCAUCAGUUUGUAUUAAUCAAAUUAUUUACAACUAAAUAAUUUAUUUUUAUUAUUUUAUUUUUAUUUUUAAAGAAUAUUGGAUACAGAAAUUAUAUUUACUGCCUGACA